AUGGCGGUGGCAAUUUAUCGGCAUUUGAAGAGGUUGGGCUUGAACCCAAUCGAUUAUACUUAUGAUCUUUUCAUAAAGGCACUUUGUAGGAAGGGUAAUUUUGAAGAAGCUGUUGAUGCGUUUAGGGGGAUGGAAGAAGUUGGAGUGAACCCUACUGCCAUCAUGUGCAGUACAUAUAUUGAAAGGUUUUGUUCCCUUAAGAGGUCGGAUUUGGAUUAUGAAGCCCUCCGAGCAUUAAGAGCAGCAAAGUGGCCAAUUGAUGCCUUUGCUUAUGCAGUAGUCAUUCGUGGGUUCUGUAGUGAAAUAAAAUUAAAAGGAGCAGAGGUCGUCUUCAUUGAUAUGUCCCCUCGACAGCUGGAAAGAUUAUAUUCAGAGGUUCAUCUGCUGAUGUCACUGAAACACGAUAACACCAUCAAGUUCUAUAACUCUUGGGUUGAUGAUACGAACAAGACUAUUAACUUGAUUAUAGAGUUACUCACUUCCGGGAGUUUGAGGCAAUACCGGAAGAAGCAUCAGAAUGUUGACCUCAAAGUUCCCAACAGUUCUUUCCGUGAAGGCUGA